UUUUCAGUUGACGGUAUUCCCAGCGCGGCUGAGACCGCUCAAGCCACGUACAUUCGCGUGCUCAAUGAGGAUGGUACUUCCAUCUCGUUCGGAAAAAUACUUUCUGGUGGUGAUUCCGGUGAUGUUGGUGACAAGGUCAAAACCAUCGUGUGUUUCAUACGACACUUUCUAUGCCCGAUGUGUCAGGAUUACAUGUAUUCGAUCGGACGAAACAUAGACCCAGUGGCACUUGAGCGGGCAGGACUUCGGUUGGUGAUUGUGGGCAACGGAGGUUGGCAAAUGAUCAAGAGCUAUCGCCGUAUUUUCAAACUCCCGUACGCAGUCUAUACUGACCCUACUGCAACGUUAUAUACUGCGCUUGGGAUGACGUUGCGUACGCUCGAUGCGGGUCCGAAAAUAUCAUCAGCGUCUUCUUCCUCUUCGACCAUUUCCAUUUCCCCUACCUCCUCCUCCUCUUCCCUGCCCGACUCGACUGAGAUUCGUCCCGAGACGUAUGUUCGGCACAAAUCCCUUCUCUCUGGUGUUUCCCUCGUUCUGCGUAACGCCGUCAAAGCCCGCAUGCCCAUCUGGCGGUAUAUGGGCGAUAAGGCACUUCUCGGAGGCGAAUUCGUGUUUGAGAAAGUGCCAGGGAAGGAUAUAUCUUGCGUGUGGGCUCAUCGCAUGCGCUACACCACGGCUCAUGAAGAGAUCAAAAGUGUCGUUGGAGAAGCU